AUCUGAAACCGGACUUCCCGGCAAUAGAUCAAGUUGCAAACAGAUUGCAAUAUUAUUAAGAUGUCAUUGAUGGAAUUCGAAGUUGGUAAUCAACCAUAAAACAACAAUAAAGCGUACGUGCGUGCGACAUGGUCAUACAAGGAAGGGGGCGAACUUCCCAUGAAAGGAAUGAGUACUUCCUCAAAAUUAUAAUAUAUCAUUGUGUAGAUUUAAUUAUACUGUGUGGUUUACUCUAAAGUAUUCAGCAAAAAUGUUUCUAUUGAUUAUUAUAUUCACAAACUUUGGGACUUUGAUAGCUGAUGAUGCAAUGAGUGACGGAAAUCUUCAAUGCUUCAACGAUUAUGACAAAAGUAUGGUUUGUCAUUUUACGACUGACAAGUCUAAGUGUGCUGAAUACAACAUGACAUUGAAAUUAUUGGGCGCACAAAAUAUAGGCCAGAAUGAUUGUACUUUCAAGGAAAAGGAGAGGUCCAAUGAUGUUUUCAAAUGUGGAUGCUCUAUUGAUCCAAUGGUCCUUAUUAUUGGGGAGGAGUUUAAUGCAACACUUUGGAAUUCUGGGAAGCGUCUAAAUUCCAAAAUCCUCUGUAUCAAAUGCAGCAUAAAACCCAAAACCCCCACCGUCCAAAAGGUGAAACCAACAGAAAAUGGGAAUUUCCUGGUCAAAUGGAAGACAAACUACCCUGAUGAUGCACCGUUUUCUAAGGACUUGAUUGCCGAAUUGAGCUACAGAAAGAAAGGAGAAACAGAUGAGGUGUCCAAAAAUUACUCAACAACUUCCCAUGAAUUACUUGGCAGAGACUUGGAGCCAAACACCAUUUAUGCUCUGAAGGUCAGAACCUAUACUGACAGGAGCGGCCAUUUCAGUGACUGGAGUGAAGAGUUGGAAUUCACCAACCCUGCAUCAUCUCGGAAAGUACUCCAGAUUGUCAUUGUUUUCAGUUGCAUUGCUGUUAUCAUCAUCACAAGUGCUUUAUUUUGGUGCAGUGUUAGACUCAAAACCAAGUGGUGGGAUAAUAUUCCUAAAUGUUCAAACCCAGACCUUUUGUACAUGGUUCCAGGAGUGCCUAAGGUAUUGUCUCCUCCCAAAAUACCUUUAUCCUCCAUCUAUGUUGAUUCUUCAAAAAUGGACACUGAAGGAAAAACAUGGACAAACCCCUUGAUAGUAGAUGGGAGCAGUGGAAGAGGUAGUGGCUCAGAGCUUGACUCAUCAUCUUCCCUGGGUUAUGCCCACACAUGUUCCAUGAGCCCGGAGCCUAGUAAUGUGCAGAUCAUUAGCCAUCUUCAAGAGGCCCUGAGCAAAGUCUUUCCCAGCCUUGUUCCUUUGGACGGGAAUCCUCAGUCAUUGCUUUUAGCCCCUCCUAUGACAGAUGAUGGUACACAAAUGAACUGCCCUGAGCCAAAUAGAGACAUUGGUGUGUGUUCAUCUGACUACAAUCCUCUUCAUUUCAUGAGUGAGUCUGGAGGCUCCUGUGGGUCGUCUCGUUACAACAAUAUUACCUACUCCCCCUCAGUGCCCCUCAACUCCAUUCAAGAGUUAACAACAAGCAAGACAUCCUCAUUUCCUAAGCAGCCUCUGCUCUUUUGUAACUCCUCCUACCAUUCUGGUGAGGCUGAAGUGUUGAAAAAUGCCCAUUCACAGCUGUUUCUUGGUACUGAUCAACAAGACCUUAACUUGUCCACUAACUGUGCACCCCUCUUGCAAACCGAGUUUUCAUAUCACCCGUGUGAUGGCGCCAGUGAUGAUUCAGAGACUACCACUUCAGCAGAGGACACCAGUCUGAUCUAUGGCUCUAAUGACAGCAAUGUGUCCGAACCUCACAAUGUUAUCAGUGUCGUUGAUGGAUAUCAGAGCUUCAGUGAGGCGGUCGGUAAGGACAAUAAGAGAGGAACUGAUGCCUUCAUGGAUGUGCCACUGCCACUUAAGGGUUUCCAGGAUGUGGACAGUAGCGAGCCACUGAUUUACGAUGUGAAUCCAUGUUACCACAGCCUGCCUGACCCUGGAUGCUGCCUUCCCCCGAGUGACGUCGAUUAUCAGACUUUACAGAGCCUGGGACAAAAUAGCCCAGAUCAGUGGGUUUCAGACAAAAUGCUGAACAAGUGUUUGGAGACUGAGAUCCCUCAAAGCUCCAUGAGGAACAUGCCUCUAAAUGUCAUAUCCAACUCACAGGAAGGACAAUGUCCGAUACCUGGAAAUCCCUUUCUUACUGCUUUCUGUUCAGACCAAGCCAUGCAAAUAGACAAUGACAGCUCCUAUCAUUGUGUGUGAUUCUACGGUAGACACUUUUGCACUUUACAAUUUCUUUUAUUUUGGGGACUUGAGCUCAUAUAUAUGUUUUUUUCUAUAUUAUACAAACAGUUUGAAUACCAUUCGGCCAUGAAAAUGCUGUAGCCUCAAGUCCAGAAAUGUUCCACAUUUUGGAUGUACAGCUUCUGUAAAUAAACAUGUGUGUGUGGGGAAACUGCAACAGUUAAUUGUUGAAGAGA